GUAAAUUGGACGCGGUUUUCCGGAUCAAUUCGGAGCGCCCAACACAAACCCAAAUCCCUCCAUCUUCUUCCUUUACCUUCCGAACUCGGCGUUUCUCACUCGCCGUCGCCUCGGGAUCCACCUCAGCAAUCAUGUCCUACGACGACGUGGAGAUUGAAGACAUGGACUGGAACGAGGAACUACAGGCCUUCACGUACCCUUGCCCCUGCGGCGACUUGUUCCAGAUCACCAAGGAGGAUCUUAAGCUCGGUGAAGAGAUUGCUCGGUGCCCUAGCUGCUCUCUUUACAUCACAGUCAUCUACAACAUGGAAGAUUUUCUGGAUGACUCCAAUCAGAAGAAUAACAAAGGACUCGAGCCCUCUAAACAACACCCUAUCGUAGUCGCUUAAUAAUUCAGGUUAUUAACCGAUUCAAACUUCGGAAAACCGUCGAAUUCAAAUCAUGGUGUCGCUGCAGCAGCUGAGAUGAAAUUUUGUGAACCAUUGUCAAUUCUGAAGAUGAUCUUCUUUGGCAUUAAAGUUUUUUCCUUUGCUUUUCAUUACUCUUUUACAGAAUUGGUCUACGAAAUAGAGGAAGGUAGAGUUGCGUGUGGAAAAAUGUAUUAAAGUACUAUUUUUGUUCCUUCACAAAGUAAUUUAUAGAUUCUUGAUAUUUUCACA